AUGUGUGAUAUAAACAACGUCGUUUUCACUACGAAUCCUCUCUUGUGUUCAAAUGCGAUUCAGAUGACGGUGGAGGUGAACGGAAAUGAUGCGCUCACCGGAGAAUUGUUAAUCAAUGUUGGCUACAUCUACGCAGACAUGGAGCAAAAUGUGAUCGGAGAGAUGAUUAUUCAGCCCGUACGAUUCGGACCUAUUCAUGCUCUCAUGCAAUGCGAACCACCCGCAGUGAGAGGGUCCAUUUUCGACGAUGCCAUUAUUGAAGUUUCUGCUAGAUAUGAUGAACAAUUGAUAUGGACUGGUCGCUACAAUGUGACUCACCACCCUUUGGACCGAGGAUUCCCGAAUGAUGAACGCGUUGAUCGUGUCUUCCGACUCAUCGGACUCGGACUCAUUCAACGCUAUGAAAUAAACUGGAAUGAGCUCCAAGACCUAUUGGCACCGUUCCGUCAUCGUCCACGGCGUGGAGCGUUUGACCUGGAUGUUCCUCUUGAUAUUCCGGAGAUACACGAGCUGCCAGAGAACGAGGAAAUAUUCUGGGAUGAGGACGCCGAAUCAGACGAGGAGAACUCCGAUGAGUAA